AUGAGGAAUCUCUCGAUGCUCACACCGAUUGUUUUCAUCGUCUGCAUAUUCUUCCUUCUUUAUCAAAUCACACUAGUAGCAUCUUCCACCCCUCCUCGUGACGUGCCUGAUGAUGCUAUUACCCUCGACUGUGACAAUGCCAAUGCAGACAAGUCGAAGGAUAUGUAUGGGCGCGACUGGACUGGUGACUUUCAGUCCAAGUUCUUUCCGAAAGAAGAAAAUAAUCUCAAAUCUUAUACCUCUAAAGCCCCACUAGAACGCAUGGUCACAAGAGCCCCUUACUCCACUGCACGUAUAUCUUAUUCUCAAUUCACGUACGUAUUUCCAGUCACCGUUGGUCCAAAAUUCGUUCGGUUGCACUUUAACUCAGUCAUUUACCCAGGUUUUGAAGGGUCUGAGGCCUUUUUCACUGUCAUAGCAGGUUCGUUCACCUUACUUAGAUACUUCACUGCUUUCGUUCACGAUGAUUUUUCGCAGGAAAAAACUUUCUUCAAAGAGUUCUGCAUCAAUGUCGGGAAGGAUAAAAAAUUGAACUUAACCUUCAUCCCUUAUUCAACUACUUUCCAUGCUUUCAUUAAUGGAAUUGAGAUUGUGUCCAUGCCUGCCGACCUGUACUACAAGCCAGAACGUAAAACUGAUGAAGGUAUUCCGAAUCUCAGCGGAAAUCCUUUCUACAUAAACAAUGACAUGGCACUCGAGAUGGUUUAUCGAUUAAACGUUGGUGGGUACUUCAUAGGACAAACGGACGACACUGGCUUGUUUAGAGAAUGGUCCACAGAUGAUAAUUAUUUCAAGGGUGCAAGCCUAAUGCGACAAAAGCCAUCUUUAAUACUCGACUACGCAAAAAUCCCAAAUUUCUCGGCACCAGAUGAAGAUGAUGUCUAUCGGUAUGCAAGGACAAUGGGUUCUAACCGCACCAAGAACAGGCUUUCCAAUUUGACGUGGGGAUUACCAGUUGAUAUGGGAUUUUAUUACCUGGUGAGGCUUCAUUUCUGUGAAAUAGACCCCAAUAUGAAUCUCGUUGGUCAAAGGCGGUUCAUUAUAUAUAUAGACUAUCUUUUUGCCGAAAUGGAUGCUGAUGAUUAUUGGACCGACAAAAUCGGUAGGCCUGUUUACAAAGACUAUGUUGUAAUGAUCCAAAAGAAGGGAGUUGAGGACAACAGCCAUAUUCUCUUGAUUGAUCUACACCCUCGUACAGACUCUCAUUACGAAGAUGCCAUUUUAAACUGUCUGGAAGUUUUCAAACUGAGCAACACUGACGGCAAUUUCACUUUAAUUUGA